AUGGCCGGCGGGGGAGCACGGACCGAGCCCCCCGAGCACGGACCGAGCCCUGGGAACACGGACCGAGCCCCCCGAGCACGGACCGAGCACGGACCGAGCCCCCCGAGCACGGACCGAGCCCCCCGAGCACGGACCGAGCCCUGGGAACACGGACCGAGCCCCCCGAGCACGGACCGAGCACGGACCGAGCCCCCCGAGCACGGACCGAGCCCCCCGAGCACGGACCGAGCCCUGGGAACACGGACCGAGCCCCCCGAGCACGGACCGAGCACGGACCGAGCCCCCCGAGCACGGACCGAGCCCCCCGAGCACGGACCGAGCCCUGGGAACACGGACCGAGCCCCCCGAGCACGGACCGAGCACGGACCGAGCCCCCCGAGCACGGACCGAGCCCCCCGAGCACGGACCGAGCCCUGGGAACACGGACCGAGCCCCCCGAGCACGGACCGAGCACGGACCGAGCCCCCCGAGCACGGACCGAGCCCCCCGAGCACGGACCGAGCCCUGGGAACACGGACCGAGCCCCCCGAGCACGGACCGAGCACGGACCGAGCCCCCCGAGCACGGACCGAGCCCUGGGAACACGGACCGAGCCCCCGAGCACGGAGCGAGCCCCCAGCGCUGCCAGGACCCGCCCGGCCCGGACCUGCCGGGGCUGGCAACAAAGCCGUGCCAGAUGCCAGAGCUCGGCACCUCCCCGGGCCGGGAACUGAAACCCGCGGAUUGCGGAUGCAGGAUGGUAUGCAGGAUGCAGAGGAGGGUGCAGGGUGA